GUUGGCUUCGGUUUAGUUUUGAAGUCACGUCUUCGCGAGAUUUCGAGGCCUGGCAAAUACUCUUGAUAAAAAGUUCAUCAAAGUGCAGUUUGUGUUCAAGAACUAGACCCAAGUUCAAGUGACACAAGUGUAUUCUGAAUUAAGAAAUUAAUGAAUAUUUGUGCAUAGUUCGUGUCACUGUUGUUCCGUGCUGUCUUGGGUCUGCAAGCCCGGCCGUAACAUAUUAUUCAUUUAUUGGCAGCCCGUAACUCAUUUGAAUAUUUCUGCAACAACAGCCAACUAGAUUAGAGUGUGUGCGUGUGUGCCAUGAUUAACAACAGCCUGCCGUAGAAGGCGUGAUGUGAACUGACAUUUUUCGUAAUUUUUCGAUUUACAUGCCGUUGCACAUUUAGUUAUCAACAUACCAAGUAGCUUGUGGUCCAAAUAAACUCAACAAAUAGACUUGUGUCACCAUAGCAAAGAUGCUGGUGAAGUGGCUGCUGUUCAGCCUGUGCAUAAUGCCGGCCAUGUUCAGCAAUACGAGCAGGAAGUGCCCCGUAGAAUGCAGCUGUAGCAUUGAUGAUAUGGAUCGUUAUCAGGCCAUCUGCACAAAAGGCGGGCUAAGCUCUUUAUCCGCCAAUCAGCUGGACAUUGAUGUCAAGGUAAUUAUUAUACGUGGACCACGAAACACCAUAACGAUUGGACCGGCAUUGCGUCAGUUUAUGCAGUUGCAAGUGCUACGCAUCACCGAUUCGAAUCUGCCGGCGAUCGGGGCCGAGUCCUUUUGGGGCCUUAAAUAUCUGCGCAUAUUAGAUCUAUCGAAGAAUAACAUAACAAACAUUACGGAGAAUAACUUUCGCGGUCAGGAUAAUCUGCAUGAAUUGGAUUUAUCAAAAAAUAAAAUUUUACGAAUGGCCAGCUCAACAUUUCGCCAUCUGAUGGAUCUGCGACGUCUUAAUUUGGCUGACAACUCGAUUGUGGAGCUCGUGCAGCGCAACUUCUUCAUGCUGACUAGACUCAAGUACCUGGACUUGAGCGGAAAUCCGCUUCAGGAUUUACAGCCGGAUGUCUUUCGCGAUGUGCCCGAGCUGAAAGUACUCAAAUGCCGCAAUUGUCAACUGAAAAAAAUCAAUCCGCAAUUGUACAAUUUAUUGCCGCUUUUAAGCGAAUUGGAUUUGGGACGCAACGAGUUCAAAUUCCUUGACAAGGAUGAAUUUCGCGACGUGAAGCGUCUCACAAAAGUUUUACUCGACGGCAAUCAAUUGUCUGUGGUCGUGGACCAACUCUUUCGCAUGCAGAAAAGUCUUAAUCACUUGGAUUUAUCGUACAAUCGCUUGGCCAAAGUGCCAAACGAUUCGUUCCUGCAGCUGACCAAUCUAACAUUUCUGGAUCUCUCCUACAAUAAGCUGGUGCGUCUGGAACCGCAGUCUGUGCGCAGUUUAAGCAACUUGAGGGUGCUUAACAUAAGCGGAAAUGUUCUCAUGGACUUAAGGGAUAUGCAUGAGACAUUCGAGCUGAUACCGGAGCUAACGCAUUUGGCCAUUGCGGAUAUGGGUCAGCUGCCUGUGGGUUUGUUAUCGCCUUUCCGACAAUUGCGUUAUUUGAAUAUCUCGGGUAAUUCAUUGGAUAACAUGGCAUUGCAAGUUAUCGAUUCGUGCCGUGAGCUUGAGUUUUUGGAUUUAUCACGAAAUCAAUUAUACGGCAUCAAUGCGGACACGGCGCUGCGGAUUCAGGGUAUACGCAAUGUGCGACUGGAUAACAAUCCGUUGAUAUGCGAUGAAUGUCACAUGGGAAAAUUAAUAAAUGUCGUGCGGCAACUGCAAUGGAAAUGGGAUACAUAUCCCAUUUGCUUUCUGCCAAAAAGUUUGCGUGGCGCCGAAAUAAUUAAUUUGGACAUUGGCGGGCUGCACACGUGUCUCGAUUACAUCAGCGACGAGGAACAGAAUGCGGCAAGCACUUCAUAUAACUUUCUUGAACAUGGCGGACUUAAUACCCUGGCUAUUUUGGGUGGCAUCAUAUUUGUGCUAAUUGCCGUCAUAAUUUUAUCGCUUGUGGCCUGUUUCUCCAAGAAUCGCGCACGCUACUAUACCAGAGAGGAUCAUUUGAAUGGCAGCGACAGCAAGUGUUUGGAAAAAAAUUUGGAAGCAACCACAAUAACAACGCUGGGCAAUGGCACCUCACCGACAACAACAACAACACUAACGCUAGCCACGUCGCCGGCGGCAACAGCAGCAACACCAACAACAAAUGGCACAACAAAUGGUCACAUUCAGAGUCCAGCGAAUGGAAGCACGCCGUCUCAUGUGGGUGCCACCGUACACACUGCGGAUGCUGGCGGCAAGGAAAUUAACUUUACCUUUCCCAUUGACGAUCGCGUUUGCACCAUUGAUGAGCUUGUAUUGCCGCCAGCGCCGCCGCCGCCAGUCGUCGCCCAAAUCCAUCAGCAUCCGAGCAUGGGCAGUCUGAUGUACAGCGUAUCGCACUCACCAAACAGCAGCUGUGCGACUGGAACAGCGACGGCGCGGGCUGCGGCAUCGGCUGCCGCAACGGUCAUUCCUCCUGGCGCGCCAUCGCCGAUGCCGAUGCCAAUGUCUGGACCCGCUGAAUCUGUGGUUGUCGUGCUGCCACCACCGCCGCCGCAGCAGCAACAGCAGCAGAUGGGCAGCCUGGCCAGCCUGCGCGAGGUGCAGCAGCAGCUGGUGCAUUUGAGCAGCACGCUCGAGCCGCUGGUCAGCGUUAACUGACCCAGGGGCUUGGCAGCAGCAGCAGCCUCGGCCUCAACCGCAGCAUCAGCGGGUAAGUUUGCCAAGCAAACGAUGAGCACGACACCGACGUAAGCCGCAGGAGAGUUUGCCCGGUUGCAUAGCCACAGCCAUGGCCAUAGUGUGGCAUGGUUGGCAAACGGGUCGUAUAAUUAAUGACAGUGCGCUGGGCAUUGUUUUUGGGGUCAAAUUGAAGUAAAGUAAUUAGGAUUUGAGUUUGUAAUUAAGUACAUUAAUCAUUGGCGCGCAUGUGUUGCGCUCUUCCGCUCACUUUCCUGGCAAAAACAAAUGCUUGCUGAGUUUGACAGAGCCUUGCAACAGUUUAUUCAAAAUAAGCAUAAAUAAAUUAAGACAAUGGGAAUUUAGGCAAUGUAAAAUUCAUUUGGGCUGAUCGAAAUUUUCAAGCGUAUUUUAUCGCUAGCAUUUUCAUACAUAUGUACUGCCAUUUUCCGGUUAAUGAAAAUAUUGCGCAUAC